AUGCCGCUUUACAACAAUUCUUUCUCUACUGAGUUCUCUGAUUUCCUCCUGAACUGUUUUGUCAGAUCUCCCAACUGGCAGUGCUGGCUGUCCCUGCCACUCAGCCUCCUCUUCCUCCUGGCCAUGGGGGCCAAUGUCACCCUUGUUAUCACCAUCUGGCUGGAAGCCUCCCUGCAUGAGCCCAUGUACUAUCUACUCAGCCUCCUUUCACUGCUGGACAUCGUGCUCUGCCUUACUGUUAUCCCCAAGGUCUUGGCCAUCUUCUGGUUUGACCUCAGGCCCAUCAGUUUCUCUGCUUGCUUUCUUCAGAUGUUCAUUAUGAACAACUUCAUGUCCAUGGAAUCAUGCACCUUCCUGGUCAUGGCCUAUGACCGCUAUGUGGCCAUCUGCAAGCCUCUACGUUACCCAUCCAUCAUCACUGAUCAAUUUGUGGCAAAGGCUGUUGUCUUCAUCUUGACCAGGAAUACGCUUCUCACUGCACCUAUCCCCAUACUUUCUGCUCAGCUCCAUUAUUGUGAAAAAAAUGUCAUUGAGAACUGUCUAUGUGCCAACCUCUCGGUGUCCAAGCUCUCCUGUGAUAAUGUUGCCCUUAAUAGAAUCUACCAGUUAAUCGUAGCCUGGGCUCUUCUGGGUUCUGACCUCACCCUGAUCUUUAUCUCUUAUGCUUUCAUUCUUAGAGCUGUUCUUGGACUCAAAACAAAGGGGGCAGCUGCCAAAGCUCUGAGCACGUGUGGUUCUCACUUUAUUCUCAUUCUCUUCUUCAGCACCAUUUUGUUGGUUUUUGUGCUCACUCAUGUGGUUAAGAAAAAGGUUUCUCCUGAUAUUCCUAUCUUACUUAAUGUCCUACACCAUGUAAUUCCUGCUGCUUUGAACCCCAUUGUCUAUGGGGUAAGAACUCAGGAAAUUAAACAGGGGAUUUGGAAAUUGCUGAAGAGGAGUGGGUGA